AUGGCGGCGGCAGCGGCGGCGGCACCGGGCGCAGGCACCCGCCGAGCGGCACAACGGGACAAUAACAGCACCGCGCCUGCGCCCGCCCCGCGCCGCCGCGGCCCGCAGCCAAUCCCCGCGCGCUGCGGAGGCCGCGCAGCCAAUGCCUGGCGAGGAGAGGAGGGGCCCGGCCUGCCCCUCGCGGCCAUUGGUGGCAGAACGCAACCAAUGACCGGGGCGGAGCGGCGGGGGUGGGCGGGGCGUCGCCAUGGGAACGGCGGAGGGCGAGGGGCGGGGCUGGAGGCACUGCGGCGCCAUGGCGGCGCUCGGGGCGGGGACGGGCGGUGUCGGCAGCGGGGUUCCGGCAGCGGCUGGAGCCCGGCACAGAUAUCUCUGGCACGGCACAGGAGAGCAGUUCUGUGGAUUGUAGAAAUGAGCUCUCAGUUCCACUUCUACCCCAAAACCUUUGCCUUGGCUACCAGCAUCUUUAACGGGUUCCUGGCAUCAGUAAACGCCCAAUUAAAGUAUCUUCAGUGCAUUGCAAUUUCCUGCCUUAUCCUUGCAGCAAAAACCAGUGAAGACGAUGAGGUAAUACCAUCGGUGAAGAUGCUUGCGAUGCAGAGUGCUUGCAAACGCUCUCCAGCUGAGAUCUUGCGAAUGGGAAGAGUUGUACUAGGUAAGCUUCACUGGGACCUUUACACAGCAACACCAAUGGAUUUCUUACACAUUUUCCAUGCCAUGGUGAUGUCCAACUGGCCCCAGCUACUACAGGGGCUGCCUCAGAGAAAUCCUUCCCUCCACGUCGCGCUCUUGACCAGACAGCUACAGCACUGUAUGGCGUGCCACCAGCUAUUGCAGUUUAAGGGCUCCACAUUGGCCUUGGUGAUCAUCACCUUGGAGCUGGAGAGGCAGGCUCCUGAUUGGCUUCCUGUUAUUACUGCUCUGCUAAAGAAAGCACAGGUUAACAGCACUGAGUUCAGCUGA